UGACAUCAGCAAAAUUACAAAUCGUUUUGACAUUACGUCUCUUCAUCGUCUAAACAAACAAAAAAUCCAAAAUUUAGUUUAAUUAAACAAAUUCAGCGAGUAUAAAUAGAGUAAAAGAUGACGACGAUAAAUCUGAAAGAUGAUUUGGACGAGUAUCUAUUGCUGCAAAGCGAUCAGAAGAAAAACUUUAAAAUCGACCUAAAAAUGCCAACACUCAAAGUUCCGGAGAUAAAAAAUUUGUUCGGUCAAAGCCAGCCGCCAGAAGCAAAUGGAUGGUUACAGGACACCAAAGACAGCUGCUGUCCAAAAAUGUCGAGACUACAGCGUAUCAUUGGAUUUUUCAUCUGCUUAGGAUUGGGAAUAUUUUGUAUGUCUGUUUCAACACUGUAUAUUCCAGUUUUAAUACUCAAAGCCAGAAAAUUUGCCCUACUGUUCUCGUUGGGCAGUUUGUUUUUCAUUAUCAGCUUCUGUUUUCUGAGUGGUUUCAUGGUGUUCUUCAGACAAGCAUUCUCAAAGUCAAGAUUGGCCCUAUCUGGAACAUAUGCUGGCAGUUUAAUUUUCACAUUAUAUUUUGCAAUGUUCAUGCAAAGCACCAUUCUUACCGUACUAACCGCUGUGAUUCAAGUGAUUUCAUUAUUUUUCAUGAUAUUGGCCGAAGUGCCCGGUGGGUCGAGUGGCCUACGUUUCUUCACAUCAAUGUUUCGGCGAUCCGUAUCAAGCUCAUUACCUGUAUAAAUCUAUGCUAAUAUUCAAUUCAGACUGAAAGCAAUUCAUAAAAUUAUAUAAUCAAUAGCAAAGUAAGCACAUAUUUAUAGAAAUAAAAAACAAUUUUAUUUUAAUCUU